AUGAAAGUGAGCCCUGCGGGAGUUCGGCUCUCUAUCUGGAUGGCAAUGUUUACAUUCCUGACAACGGCAAUUAUCGGUCUGCGCAUCUGGGCAAUAUACUUGACUCGGAGAAGCUUUCAAGUCCACGAUUAUCUGGUCAGUACGUGUACUAUGACCGGGCUGAACUAUUGGGCUAUUGCCAAUGGCCUCGGUGAUCACACUGUCAAUCUGUCAAAGGAUGAAUUGAUCGUGCAAUUCAAGGCAUGUCAACCAUACCCAUCAUGCAUACAGAUAUUCCUGUUUUAA